GAUCCAGCGCGGCCUACGGGCAGCGCCGGGGCCGCCAUGGCCGGGGAGGUGAAAACGAAGCUGUCCAAGAAUUUGCUGCGCAUGAAGCAGUUGCCUCUGCAAGUGUGGAUAAGAUGGAUCAUUGCAAUUCAAUAUGCACUCAAAGGUGGCGUGUGGUCAGUGGUCAGAUCUUUUCACGGAGAUGUGCUCACCUCUUGAUGUCAAAAGAUGGCUCCUGCUUUUAGCAUAAUAGAGUCAUAUGACUUUCAUGCAAAGGGGUUUGGACUCACAAACUAAAAAGCAACUCGAUGAAGAGGAAAAGAAGAUAAUUAGUGACGAACACUGGUAUCUUGAUUUACCAGACCUAAAGGAGAAAGAGAGCUAUAUAAUAGAAGAGAGGAGCUUUAUGCCAUGUGAGGAUCUACUUUAUGGUAGAAUGUCCUUCAAAGGAUUCAAUCCGGAAAUUGAGAAAUUAAUGGUCCAAAUGAACUCUAAGAGCAAGAAAGAAGAAAUUGAAGAGGAUGAUAAAAUGGAGGCUGAUGUGUCUGAUGAAGAAAUGGCCAGAAGAUAUGAAACACUAGUGGGAACAAUAGGGAAGAAAUUCUUGAAAAAAAGAGACCAGCAUGUUCUCCAUGAUGAAGAUGAGGAAGAGAACAGUAAUACAAGACCUAAGAAAGCUAGGAAAACGUUCUUAAAACCUCAGGAUUAAUGUCAGCUGCACAACUGGAGCUAAUAGAAAUGUUGUCUACCAAAUAUAGCCAAAAUGGCACCGAGAACUGAA